AUGGCGCGUCAGUGCUAUUUUAGUACGUCUGAAGAACAGCUAUUAUGUAAAGGAGAGUUAAGAACAAUCAGUUUUUCAACACCAAUUUCUGAAGAACGACGUCAAGAAUUAGAAGGAAAGUGUCUUUGCCAAACACAUUAUAAUCACGAAGUUGUUAAUAAAAACUAUUAUCAAAAACAUCAAACAAAAUUAAACGAAUACUGUGCCCAUCCAAAGCAUAAACUUGAUUCAACUGCUAAAAUAUGUCAUAGAUGUAUUAAGUUUACUGACCAAGAUCCUGAUUAUAUAACAAGUAAUGAUUAUAUUCAGGCAAUUAAACGAUCACGAUUUUCUCAAAACAGCAAUAACAUUGAAACACAAAAAACAAUUCGAA